AUGGGCUUGCAGUUUUUAUGUGGAAAUAUUUCUCUAGUCACAACUGAUAGAAAAUCAAUCAGUAAAAAAUUAAAAGCUCACAAAACAACACAUAGUAGAAGAAUGAUGUUUGUAAAUUACUCAAUUAUACUCGAUAACCUAUACUUACCCCUUCUCAUCGUACCUAUUCAUUGUUUGUACAAUAGAGAUUAUAUUUAUUUGCAUUUCUAUUAUAUGAUGAAACCAUCCACACCUGAAGACAAUGUAACAUUAAAUAUAGUUGUAAAUACAUUCAAAUCCGCAAAUGCAGCAAACUUUACAAACAAUUUAAUUUUAUAA